CACCCUCCGCGACCCGAACCUCAGUCCUGGUCUCUCGUCCUCCCUCCAGGUCACCAUGAGCUUCACCACCCGCUCCACCACCUUCUCCACCAGCUACCGGUCCCUGGGCUCGGUCCGCUCGCCCAGCCAGCGCCUGCGGCCCGCCAGCAGCGCGGCCAGCGUGUAUGGGGGCGCCGGGGGCUCGGGCUUCCGGGUGUCCGUGUCCCGCUCCGCCAGCGACCACCGGGGUUACGGAAACCUGGUCGGAAUGGGUGGCAUCCAGAGCGAGAAGGAGACCAUGCAAGACCUGAACGACCGCCUGGCCUCCUACCUAGACAGGGUGAGGAGUCUGGAGAUCGAGAACAGGAGGCUGGAGAGCAAAAUCCGUGAACACUUGGAGAAGAAGGGGCCGCAGGACAGAGACUGGGGACACUACUUCAAGACCAUCGAGGACCUGAGGGCUCAGAUCUUUGCAAAUUCCGUGGACAAUGCCCGCAUCGUCCUUCAGAUCGACAAUGCCCGUCUUGCUGCUGAUGACUUCAGAGUGAAGUAUGAGACAGAACUGGCCAUGCGCCAGUCUGUGGAGGCUGACAUCCAUGGACUCCGCAAGGUCAUUGAUGACACCAAUAUCACGAGGCUGCAGCUGGAGACAGAGAUCGAAGCUCUUAAGGAGGAGCUGCUGUUCAUGAAGAAGAACCAUGAGGAGGAAGUCAAGGGCCUGCAAGCCCAGGUUGCCAGCUCUGGCUUGACCGUGGAAGUGGACGCUCCCAAAUCUCAGGACCUCAGCAAGAUCAUGGCCGACAUCCGAGCCCAGUAUGAUGAGCUGGCUCGGAAGAAUCAAGAAGAGCUGGACAAAUACUGGUCCCAGCAGAUCCAGGAAAGCACCACUGUGGUUACUACGAAGUCCGCUGAGAUUGGAAAUGCUGAGGCCACGCUCACAGAGCUGAGACGUACCUUCAGUACCUUGGAGAUCGAAUUGGAUUCCAUGAGAAAUUUGAAGGCCAGCUUGGAGAACAGCCUGAGAGAAGUGGAGACCCGCUAUGCCACACAGAUGGACCAACUCAAUGGGGUCCUGCUGCACCUGGAGUCAGAGCUGGCACAGACCCGGGCAGAGGGACAGCGCCAGGCCCAGGAGUACGAGGCCCUCCUAAACAUUAAGGUCAAGCUAGAGGCUGAGAUCGCCACCUACCGCCGCCUGCUGGAAGAUGGGGAAGACUUCAAUCUCAACGACGCUCUGGACAGCAGUAACUCCAUGCAAACCAUCCAGAAGACCACCACCCGCAGGAUCGUGGAUGGCAAAGUGGUGUCUGAGACCAAUGACACCAAGGUUCUGAGGCACUGAGACCGAGGAGCAGGGUACCGUUGGGGAUCAGGCGGGCAAUAAAAGUUCAGAGGUCAUUGGACAUCA